AUGAGCGACCGACGAGGGGAAGACACAGAGCGGCAUGGACAAGUAGCCCCUAUUCCGUCUGCUGGAUGGCGGCGUGGAGACGGUGAAGAUUCAAUGGCAACUCAGACAGAGGUGGAAUCUGCAGAUUACACCCAAACCAUAAGUAUGAAUUCAGUGGCCAAAGAUAGUAGAGGUGGAUUUAUGAACGAGGCUAGGAGAAACAUGGCGGCUUUUAGAAAAGCCCAGCAACAAGGCGUCGUGUCGCACCUUCCUACACCGGUUGGAAAUGUCAUAGCGGAGAGAGAACGGGAACGAGCAAAGGCUGGUCGUCAGCAACACCUGGAUGCUAGUGCAAAUACUGUGUCAUCGGCAACAAUGCCAAGGUCUUCGUCACCGAGUACCGGCUGUGGACAAAACAGCAACGUAGCCGGGGUUUGGUGUGAACAUUGCAAUACCAGACUCAUCGAAAUGAAACGCCAAGCUCUACGAUUGAUGUCGCCGAAGAUAUUGAAUGGGACGUUACCAGCAAAGGACAAUGAACUAUCAGCCACCUUGCAUGAAAAACUUCAAGUGCCUGACACCUCUCAGAAAUGGACGGACAACCGCUGCGAAGUCUGUGCAACACACCUUAACCAACUUAAACAAGAGGCAGUUGCCAUGGUGCAUUCCCUGGAGAAAGCGCAUUCUAGUGGCGAUACCUCUUCUCUGAAUAAUAUCCCAGCAUUAGUGGGAUCUCGCAAUCUCUCUUCCUUGCAGCGAUGCCUUUAUAUGUAUCAUUCCCAUGAUAAAUCAUCCGCUGCUCACUCCCGCCCAAGGCAAACCAAAGGUGUUUUUGGCAAUGCUAUGUCUUCAAUGAAACUAGCUGCACAAGCACAACAGUAUCUUGAAGGUGAUGGACACAGUGGCUUGCCAGUGCCAAUGCAGCCUGCAUCAGCUUGGAAUAAUCCACCUACAAGUGCCUUUCCACCUCACCAUCCUACAACACACUGUCAGAAAUCAUCUUAUGAUAUAGCAGCAAUGGCCAGCACUGCUGCAACCGUUUCCCCUCUAGUCUGUGAUCUCAAGACCUUUCUACCAUGGCUAAUUUCUGAGUUUGAACACUAUUCUAGUAGAUCGGCUUCCCACAGUAGUGCAGGCAGUAGUAAAUCUAGUGCUUUAUCUGAUGCAUCUAGUAGCAGACCAAAUCAACAGUAUGGUAUGCUGGCCUUAACCAAUGUUAGUAAAUCAUCACCAAUGAGUUCUAAUGCUAGCACAGUUUCCAAUACUUCUGCAGCUGCUUCAUUCUUUGCAAGGGCUGCACAAAAAUUGAAUUUGACUUCCAAAAAAAAGAAGAAACAGACAUAUCCCCAAGAACCUGUGAAUCCAGAGCCCCCGGUUUUCCCAACUAACUUUGGAGAUUGUCUCCUGAAAAAUUCGCCACCGGCACCACCAUGCCUGUUGAGAAGUGGCCGAAGGGAAAAUCCAGGAAUGGGAAAGGUGAAAGUGAUGUUAAGGAUAUGUCCAAGUCCACACCAUUAUGAAGGAGGAUCGUUUUUAUCCUUAGAUCCUAAGAAGAAACAAGUUACGAUAUACGAUCCGGCGUUUCUUAAUAAUGGUUACAUGACACCAGCACACCGAAGAGCAGGAGUUAUGGCUCCCAAAAUGUUUGCAUUUGAUGCAAUAUUUUCACAGGAUGCAGCACAGGCUGAAAUAUGCGCUGGCAGUGUUGCAGAUAUUGUCCAAUCAGUGGUGAAUGGUGCUGACGGUUGUCUAUUCUGUUAUGGACAUGCACGUCUAGGCAAAACAUAUACUAUGAUUGGUAAAGAUGAUCAUCCACAAAAUCUUGGAAUCAUACCAUGUGCCAUCUCCUGGCUCUUCAAACUUAUCAAUGACAGAAAAGAAAGAAGUGGUGCUAGAUUCUCUGUGCGUGUCUCAGCUGUUGAAGUUGUCGGCAAGUCAGAGAACCUUAAAGAUUUAUUGGCUGAGCAAGCAAUGGGAAGUGCCAAUGGGGUUGGGACCUCCCCUGGUAUCUACCUUAGAGACGAUCCAAUUUGUGGUGUUCAGCUACAUAAUCAAAGUGAAUUGCGUGCACCAACACCAGAGAAAGCUGCCUUUUACCUUGAUGCUGCCUUAGCUGCCCGGUGUCAGCCAAUGUCAGAUGGUGAUCCUGAUGAAGAUGCCAAGACUUCCCACAUGUUGUUUACAUUACAUAUCUACCAGUAUAGAGUGGACAAAUCCGGAAAGGGUGGUGUGGCUGGCGGUAGGAGUAGGCUGCAUCUCAUUGACCUGGGCAGUUGUGGGAAAUUAGGCAAGACAAACAGUACUGGAUCAAGUCUGUCUUUAUCAGCACUGGGCAAUGUUAUAUUGGCUUUAGUCAAUGGAGCUAAACAUAUACCAUUUAAGGAGAGUAAAUUGACACAGUUGUUACGAGAUUCCUUGGGAAAUUUAUCAUGCAGAACAACCAUGAUUGCACAUGUGUCAGCUGGGAUGUCAUUUUAUUCAGAGGCAUUAUCAACAGUACAGAUGGCAUCCCGAAUUCAUAGAAUGAGGAAGAAAAAAUCAAAGUAUUCAAGCACUAGUUCCUCUGGAGGUGACAGUUCUUGUGAUGAAGGUCGUAUUCGUCAUCCACGUAUCCGAGCCCUACAUCCUAGGAAUCCUCCCAUGCUUGUCCCCGAAGAUGCCACAGUGACAGAUGCUUUACAUUACAGUGAUAAUGAGUACAUAUCUAGCAGUGAACAGUCCUGUGAUACAGUGAUUUAUUGUGGGCCUAAUGGAGCUGCAUUAAGUGAUAGAGAACUUACAGAUAAUGAAGGACCUCCAGCAGUUGUUCCAAUUGUCCGGUCACCAGUGUCCAAAGUACCAGCUUUCAACAGAACACAUGCUCGGUCGGCAGGUAACUCCCCUGAGAUCAGGAGGAAGAAUUCAGGUGCAAGGGGAUCUGAUGGAGAGUCUGGGAAGAAGCAACUUGGUUGUAGGAGUGCUGAGAACAGCCCUGAGAUCAGAAGAAAGAACACAGCACCUGUUCCGCCACCUCCACCAGAUGCACCAGUCCUAUGUGAGUUUGGUCCUGAGACAGCUCGCAAAGUAGACACACCUCCUGGUGGACUUCCUCGGAUGAUGUUUUGCGAAUUUGGCCCAGAAACUGCCAGGAAAGGUGACAGUGUCAAUACUGAAGAAAACUUACCAUUUGUGUGUGACUUUGGUCCACAAACAGCCAGAAGAUUAGAUAGUAUGAAUUGUACAGCAGCUGAAAACCGGAGAAUACUGUGUGAAUUUGGUCCAGAAACUGCCCGAAGGAUGGAGUUUGAAAAGAAUGUGAAUACUAAGAAUUAUUCAAAUCUACCAAGAAUGAAAGAACAAAAGAACAAACAGGUCGACAAAAAAACAACUGGAAUACCAACACCUGUUCAUUCUCUUUUACCUACUCCCAAAGCAAGGAAUAGCCCUUCUACCUCACCUGAAAGGUCACAUUCACCUGCUCGUGGAAAAUCUGCUGCCAAAUCAAUAAAAACAACACAGUCUAAAAGUACAACUGACAAACAGAGUUACAUUCCCACAUCAAAAAUGUCAUCAACAAAACAGAGGGGUCCACCCCCAGUCAAACCCAAACCCUUAGUAAAAACUGGAAAUCUACCAAAUAAGUUUGAAAGGACAGAACCUCAAGGAGGAACAUUUGAGGAUAUUACAGUAAUAGACUGUGCCAAAUUGAAUAUGAAUGAAGCUCUCUGUCAGAAACUGGCAUCCAUGAAGAACGAAUCUAUUUAUGACACUUCAAGUAUUAGUGAGGUAUCAUCUGUUCAUUCUGAGUGUUACAGAGAUUUUGAAAAUGAACUGGAGGAAAGGACAGAGCCAGCUGGAAUGAGUGCAACAAAUGAACAAAUUAAUGUUAAGGAAUGUUACUUUGUGCCAAUACCUAGAAAUGAAGCUCAGGAUCAAUCAGGUUUAUUUGAACAAUACAUGAGUGAUAGACCUGAAGUUGGCUGUAGGCCUGAAUUUGAUGUUCUUGAUAACCAGCCAAACGUCAAACUGUAUGGGGAUUCAACAAUGUCACUUGAAGUCAAUGCACCAGAUGUGUCGGAUAAACAAAUAGACAAUCUUGAUGAUGAUUAUGAUAUCAACGAUGAAGAAAUUGAAAUGUGUAUGUGGCAGGCUGAAAACAACGGAGAACUUUCAACGUCAAAUGUACUCCCAUUCUCGCAGUUUGGGAACUCUGUGGAGAUUAUUGGAACUGAGACUGAUGCAGAAGACCAAAUAAGUCCCUCAGAAGCACCAAUGGUGGACUUGCUCACCAAAACGCUUGACCAAAUGAUGGCUAACAAUAACAUGACAGAUUUCACAUCGUCUGAGUUACCACUUAGUCCAGAGAGUGACAUAACAGAUACGGCCAGUUAUCGUUUUGAAGAUAAUGCACAGUCUGUGUCACAUGCAUCAUUUGAUGAUGAAGAUGACACAGAGUCCAUUGGACCCAGUUUAAUUCCUGAUGAACCUUCAUCUAGCAUGUAUUUAUCUGUUAACAUGUUUAAAAAACAACUGUGGGAUAGAUGCAAUCCUGAUGCUUUAGAUCAAGAGGAUGCGGAUGAUGCCCAACUAGACAGAAGUGAUAGUGAUGAUGAUCAUCCUUUGAGGCCUUUGAGUAUGCUCAGUGUGGACAGUGAUAACACAUUCACCACAUCGGGUAGGUACUCCAGACCCGAUAGUUUAAUGAGUGCUAAUGACCAAUACAAGAUAUUCACUGGGGAGGAGAGAAAUCAGAGGUGUAAACCUGUGUGUAUAACUCGCGAGCCUGAAACCAUUCUCAAUUCUGUUGUGCCUGUGAAAAAUGAACAAAUCAAAGAGACUUGUGAAGUAGUGAAGGAUACAAGUGAUGAAAAAACGAAUUACCAAGAGCGACGAAGAAUAUCUGAAAGUAUAUGGAAGCGGAGGGAAAGCUACACAGAAGAAGAGUUACAAAGGUUAGGUAUUAACGAACUAGAUGAUAUGUCAGAUGACCAGUCAUCACCCCAGCCUCAAUCCCCAAUGAAUGGAUACAAUACCACUGAUAGUGGUAUACCUACUCUUCGGAGUCUAAUCAGUAAAGGAGGCGUCACUAAACCAGCUGCUUGUGUCAGAGAUAACUGCAUUCCAGGCAGCUUUAAAUUUGCUAGUCCACCAACAAGUCCUUCUAAAAGGUAUCUCUCUACAACACAAGAUGGGGUUAUUUCCGUCCAUCCUAAAAUUGCCCCUCAGACAACCAGUGAGAUUUUGAGUGGAGAUGAAGGAAGUACAACGUCUAAUACACGGGAACCGAUGCCAGAUCUAUUGAUGGGGUCGCCAAAGAGAGACCCGUCACCAUCCAAAAUGCAGUUGAUACCGAUGGUUGAAAAGACAUCAAUGCAGCAGUCUGUAUGGAGAAAGGAAACAAGACUGUGGCAUGUAGAAGGGAAAUCAGACCCAGACAUUAGUGACAUGAAAGAUGAUGUAUUAGUUCCUCCCCUCAUUCCCACUACUAUUGGCAUGGUAGCUCCACCAAAGUAUUCACCUAUUCUCUCUGAUUCGGAGGAGCCUCCAUGCUGGUUGUCACGACAGCCAGAUGGUGCCUGUGAUCCACCAGAAGUUGUCAAGGAAACCACGCUAUCACCUAUGUGCAAUAAAAAAUUCAGUCAUGUUGUAAGAAGAAAGGACUUAAAUGGCAAGCCAGAUGGAUAUGCAUCCGAUUCAUGUUGUAGGCUAAUGAAAACUCCCCAGUCUCCAACAAGAACAAUUUCUCCAUCAUAUUCUGUAUGCAGCUGUUGCUCAAAUAGAGAAGAUAUUAAUGGAAACAUUCAGGAAAUACAUCGUCUUGCUGCAAAGUGGGAAAAAACUUACAAUUCCUCUCGUAAAAUGCCAACGGCAAAGACAGCUUUGACAUCAAAAAACAUCAAACCAGUUGUUCCCCCUAAACCAGGUGGUGGCAGUAAUAGACCCAAUGUUUCUCCUAAACCAAAACCCAGUGUAAAACCAAAGACACACUCUAAACAUAAUACUCCACCAGGUCACCAAUCCUUAGCUGAUGUUGUGCACAAAUUGCCGCCAAGAAGGCAUAAUUUAGAAACCUCAAGUCUAAGGUCUGCAUCAAGUGCCAGUAGUCGAACAAGUUCCAAACUACCAAUCAGAUCAGCUAGUACUACUGCUGUUAAUCUUCUCUCAAAUGCAGGAAGCUCAAAAUUGAAGAACUCUAAACUGCCACCACCAUCUUCCAAACUGACUAAGAACUCUUCCACUACCUCAAGCAAAUCAUCUAUGCAGUCAGUUCGAAGUGUAGCAUCUAGUAAAUCCAAUAUGACAAACAAGUCUCAGACCAGUUCAAUUAAGACUAUGCAAAAUGCUAGUAGUAAGACCAGUAAAACAACAAGUAGUGGGAAGUCCAGUACAGGAACUAGUAAAAUACCCCAGAGUACAGCAAGUAAAUCCAGUAACAGUUUAUCAAGUAGUAGCAAAGCAGUCAGUAAAUCUGCUCCAUCUCUUGCCAAAAGUUCUAGUGCCAAAUUACAGCAGAGUAGCAACAUUAAAGCCAACAAAAGUGUCUUAGAAAGUAGUGCUCUCAGUGCCAACAAAUCCAACCAAUCAAUUCGGCAUACGGAUUCUGACAGUGGCAAUGAUAGCGGCAUAGCUGGUGCUGAAAGUACACCAAGCAAAAACAAAUCAAGACUGUUGUCGCCAUAUUCUACAGUCACCAAGCCACGUAUGGCAAGUCGUUGUAGCAGUGGACAUGGUAGUGAUAAUAGUAGUACAAUCAGUGACACUUUAGGAUUUACUGCAAGUAAGAUAGCAUCUCCAUGCACAGGUGGCACCAGUAGUGGUUAUGAAAGUAUGCUUAGAGACAGUGAAGCAACUGCCAGCACUUCAUCAACGCAUGAUUCAUUGAGUGAAAGCUCAGCUGGAAGAGUGAAAGGAGUGAAAAUGCUGAAAAAGAAACUUUCUCAAGGUAGUAGAAGUCGCCGCAGUGGUCCUCCAAGACCGACAGAUAGUCCAUCUGCUGUACGAAAGACCAGCCCAGGCAGGUGGUUGGAUAUUAGACCCAAAUCACCAAAAUCAGAGCCAGUAGAACUAAAAGUAUAUGAAGUAGAUGAAGUACCUAGGCGGCGAAAUGAGGAUGGAGAGAAUAUGGCAUACUUCAAUGCAAAAUUGGUAGCAAUUGAGCGAAGACAAGAAACAGUAGCAACUUUGAGAUAUAAACAACAACAGUUAAAAGAAGAAUUGUCAGCUACCAAAGCUAAAUUGAUGGUGGACUCUUCUCAAUGGAACUUUAAUUUAAAUGUAUUUGAAGACAUUGACUCUGAUACACCAAAUUUUGUGGAAUCUUUUCAAGAGGAAACUGAUCAGCUGGAACAACGAUUGGCUGUUUGUAAAUCACACGUGAUGAUGGUUACUUGUUUUGAUGUUAAUCAACACUAAGUGAUGCAACACACACUCAACCAAGAGGGCGCUUUUUGGUGAAUGUUGUUGAUAGUGCUGUCUAAAUGUGAAUUAUGUAUUUGUACAUGACUGUAUAUUGUCGGGAUAACUAAUUAUAAAUUGCUUGAAUUGGAAACAGACAUUGACCAUGGCCAGGGUAUCUCAAAUUAUUGUAAGUUUGUCAAGUAAAUAAUCUUACAAAUUUGUAUAUAACAGUUUUUUUAGUGUUCAGUAUCAAUUGUGUAUAAAAACUUUUCAAAGUCCUGUGUGUGUAAAAACCUAUAGCGUUAGCUCUUAACCAUAUCACAAUUAUGUUUGUUGUACAGAGACAGUAUUACAUUACUAUUGUAAUUAUUUUAUGUAGAUUUUUUUUUUUGGUCAAUGAUCACUGCCCAUGUUAUGUUUUAUCUUAAAAAAAAAACAAUGGCAGACCAAGCUAUCAGGGUAUUUUUCUGCACAGUUUAAAAACUGUGCCAGUACAUGUUUUUUUACUGACCAAAGUACCAUGACUUUUUGUAAGUUAUUUGUACCUCAUAUAAUAGAUGUUGCAAUCACAGCAUUCUUAGCCAUUCAGCAUACAGUUAGAGCCAAGUUUUUUUGUAUUAACAAGCAACAUACCUCAUGUGCUAAUGGAGGCUUCCACUGAAAUUUUAAGUUAUUUAAAAAAACAAAAACAAUUACAAUUUUUUUGAUAACUUUUAUAAGACCAUCAUGUACUAAUUUUUAUAAACAAUAGAACCCAACAGCACAAGCUCAGUUUGAUACAUCAACUUUUAUAAGUUCCUGGAAUGAGUUUUAUACUAAACAAGAUGUUUUGUAUUUGCAAUAACAAAUCAAUUGGAUCUAUAAUACAGAAGCCACCAUUUCUACAAAUUUUGUAAGAAUUUUCUAACAAUUUAUGAAAUGAUAGCCCUCAUCUUUCUUGAGUUCUGACUACAAAUACAGCAUUAUUAUAAUUUCUAUACAUAAUUGUCAGGGUCACCAUUGCUUGUAAGAAAUAUUAGAACAGAGCUUUAUUAGAGUUUUAAACUUAAUUUGUACAUUAUUAAAUUGAAAUGUUUAUGUUAAUUUUCUUGUUAUAUAAGUGAGCCAGCCAUAUGACAAUACUAUAUUUAAUAUUGUGCAAGCUCUGAAUGUUCACGUUCAUUAUAGCUGCCCACACUGUUUUGUUGGCAUUUCAGUCAUUUACUGUGUUCUUAACUUGUGCUUGUAGUGAAAGAAAGCACACGUUCCCACUGUUCGUUUUAGAGCACAAUUAUCUAAUAAAGUGGAAUUAUUAUAUAUGACA